CAUGUUAAACGUUCACAUAAACAAGCACAGUUAAGACAUAAAUUACAAUCAUUCUCUGAUACAAGAUUUAAUGGUGUCUAUAUUAUGAUGAAAUCCAUUUCCACUGUUUACGAUGAAUUGAUCGAUAUAUUACAAGAUGAAAUGAAAGAUAAAUUGGCAGAUAUAGAUAAAUCACUAUUACAAUUUAUACUUUCUUAUUUAAAAAACUUUAAUGAUGUAACCGAAGCAUUAAGUGCAGAUCAAAAUUCAACUAUCUAUGAAGUAAUUCCAUUACGUCAAAUGUUAGUUCAUUCAUCAUUGACAACUACGGAUGAUACGGAGGCUAUAAAAAAUUUGAAAAAAUAUGUUGGUAAGGAGUUAUUAAGUAAUUGGGCUAUUACUGAUGAACAUUACUUAGGUGUUGUAUUACACCCAUUGUUAAAAGAUUUUCAAGCACUACCAGAUUUUAAACAACAUUCGGAUUUGGUGGAAAACGCAGAAAAGGAAAACAUCGAAUAG